AUGAUCACCAAAAUUCUGGACACAGGCAAUCAAACAGCAACAACACAUUUUAUUCUUCUGGGAUUUCCAACACAGCCAGGCUUUCAGCUCCUCCUCCUUUUUUUUUUUUUGGCAAUCUACCUGCUGACACUGCUAGAGAACUUUCUUAUCAUCCUAGCCAUCCACAGUGAUGGACAGUUGUACAAGCCCAUGUACUUCUUUUUGAGCCAUCUUUCUUUCCUGGAGUUGUGGUAUGUCACAGUCAUCAGCCCCAAGAUGCUGGUAGACUUCUUCAACCAUGACAAGAUCAUUUCCUUUAAUGGCUGCAUGACUCAACUUUACUUCUUUGUGACCUUUGUCUGCACUGAGUAUAUUCUCCUUGCCGUCAUGGCCUUUGACCGCUAUGUAGCCAUUUGUAAUCCACUACGCUACUCAGUCAUCAUGACCAACCAGCUUUGUGGUACAUUGGCUGGAGGAUGCUGGUUCUGUGGAUUCAUGACUGCCAUGAUUAAGAUGGUUUUUAUAGCUCGACUUCACUACUGUGGCACACCACGUAUCAAUCACUACUUUUGCGAUAUCUCUCCACUCCUCAAUGUCUCCUGUGAAGAUUCUUCACAAGCUGAGCUGGUGGACUUCUUCUUGGCCCUCAUGGUCAUUGCUGUUCCCCUUUGUGCAGUGGUGGCAUCUUAUGUCAUUAUUAUCACAACCAUUAUCAGGAUCCCUUCUUCUCAUGGCCGCCAAAAAGCUUUUUCCACCUGUGCCUCUCACCUGACAAUUGUAAUUCUCUUCUAUUCCACAACACUUUUCACUUAUGCUCACCCCAAGCUUAUGUAUACCUACAGUUCCAACAAAGUGGUAUCUCUUCUCUACACUGUCAUUGUCCCACUCCUCAACCCCAUCAUUUACUGUCUGAGAAACCGUGAAGUAAAGUCAGCCCUCAAGAAGACCAUAUUUUGUAAAUAA